CCACCGGCGUUUCUUCCCCACUCCCGGGUCGGGCCUAGGAGCGUCACAACGCGUCUGCCCUGUCCUUCCACCCCAUCUCGAGGAGACGGAAAUGUUCAGGUUGAUACACUGCUUGCCGCCAAGAUCAGACCCUAAGCAAGGUCUCCGGAGACGUGGGCGGGAGCCCUGGUCAGCGAAAGGCGACGCUGGGACGGCCAGGACCAGGAGGGCCCGGGAAAUCGAAGGCCCGAACAUGGAGGCUGGGUUGCCGUAGAGAGGGGAGAGGAAGCCGAGGUCAGUUUGCUGAAAGAGCCCGCGUCCGCCAUCGACUUCCGGAAUUUGAAGCCGGCUUCCGGAAGCCGGAAUGGUGUCCCCAUGACAACCGACGUUGGUUCUUUGAGGUGAGAGUGACUGAUGAGCAGUGGGGAGAGUGCCCAGAAAUCUGGAUUUUUAUUGCCGUUCCUUUUGGUUUGGGCUUUUUGCCACGCCAAGCCCUUUUUUAAGUGAUUAGGAAGGACGCGGGAAGCUGCCCCAAGAAAAGGCGAAGGCCGGAGGUAGCGGUGGACGAAGGGCGAAGAGCGCCGCUGUGCCUCGCGAGUCCCCACCGCCCUACGCUGGAAGAGAUGAGCGUCCAAGUCGGGAGAGCGACGUGUGUCUACCUGACAGACCUCGCCAGAGGCCUGUGAAGUGGUCCUUGUCUGAGAAUAAGGGCAACAGCUCUUGAUUUGGAAGACUUAGACACUUCUCCUCAGUGUUGGGGAGAGAACCAAGAACUCUUUUUAAGGGAAUUGUGGAAUGUGCCCUUGGAGGCCCAAGAAAGCAGAAGAAAGAUGCUUCAGACCAGUAACUACAGCCUGGUGCUGUCCCUGCAGUUCCUGCUGCUGUCCUAUGACCUCUUUGUCAAUUCCUUCUCAGAGCUACUCCGAAUAGCUCCUGUCAUCCAGUUGGUGCUCUUCAUCAUCCAGGAUAUUGCAAUCCUCUUCAACAUCAUCAUCAUUUUCCUCAUGUUCUUCAACACCUUCGUCUUCCAGGCUGGCUUGGUCAACCUCCUAUUCCAUAAGUUCAAAGGGACCAUCAUCCUGACAGCUGUGUACUUUGCGCUCAGCAUCUCCCUUCAUGUCUGGGUCAUGAACUUACGCUGGAAAAAUUCCAACAGCUUUGUUUGGACAGAUGGACUUCAAACGCUGUUUGUAUUCCAGAGACUGGCGGCAGUGCUGUACUGCUACUUCUACAAACGGACGGCCGUGAGACUGGGCGACCCACGCUUCUACCAGGACUCUCUGUGGCUGCGCAAGGAGUUCAUGCAAGUCCGAAGGUGACUGCUUCUUGUCACACUGAUGGCUGCCUUUCCUUCCUGAUAGAAGCUUUUCAGGAAGGAUCAGCCUCUGCACCAGGAAAUAGCUGGACUUCCCUAGCACAUGCUUGGGCCAGUUGUGUUCUCACAAGUUCCACGAGUUCCCCAACAGACUCCUGUGCGUAAUGCCUCCUGUCCCCUACCUCAGUUCCGCCCUUUCCUUCCUUUCCUGCCAUGUUCCACUCCUUGCACCCCUCCCCUCUGCCGAGGCUGUGGCUCACCCUUUGAACCUACUAGUCUCCACCUUCCUGACACCACGCUCUGGUGACUGAAGGAUGCAGCGUGGUAGUUGGGUGUUCUUGACUGAUCCCCUCUUAGACAUUUAGAUUUUUAUACCUAAGAUACUUUUUUACAUUUUGUAAAUAGAAAAUAAAUUAAAUUCUUUUUUCAUAAAUGGUGGAA